AUGAUUCCUAUCGACAUUGACAUGAAUUUGAAAAAAAACAUGGGCGAGCAUUCCACAAUUUAUUAUGAUAUUCAAGGACUAGUACUUCGACGAGGCCAACCAUUUUCAUUUACCAUAACAUUUAAUCAAGAUUUACCUGUCGAUAAAUAUAAUUUGUCAUUUAUUUUCAAGUCUCAAACAUGGCAGAAUUUUCCCCGUGUGAAAAUUCCAUUAAACGGUUCCUCAAAUGGAUGGUCAGCAAAAAGAUUAUCUACAAAAGAUCAGGAGAAUAAUUGUGUUUAUUUUCAAAUCUGUUCUCCAUGUGAUGCUACUAUUGGAAAAUAUUCUCUUUCACUAGAAGUUUGUCCAAUGAACAAAGAUUCGAUCAAUACCCAUGAUCUCUUGGUGUUUCAAUUCCACGCCGAUAUAUAUAUUCUAUUUAAUCCAUGGAACAAAAGCGAUGCAUGUGGGCUGCUAUCAGCGGAUCAAAUUACAGAAUAUGCCUUCAAUGAACAUGGACAAAUCUAUCUUGGUUCUUCUGAAAUUCCUCGAUCGAUACCAUGGUAUUUUGGUCAAUUUGACAGAGAUGUUUUACUUACAGCUCUGAGUCUUCUUAAUAAAACAAGCUUACCAACUGAAUCUCGUAUUGAUAUAUCUUUAAUGCUUCGUCUUCUUGCAUCGAACAUCUGUUCAGAUCCUGGAGCAAACGAUGGUAUAUUUCCACCAUCAUCGGAUAAACCUUCGUCAUCACAUCAAGAAAAUGGAUAUACAAGUAGUCCAGUUAUUUUAAAACAGUAUUUGCUAUCAAAUGGCCAAUCGGUUCAAGGUGGUAGUGGCAGUAAUUGGCAACACGCUGCCGUAUUUUGUAGUCUAUGCCGAUCACUAGGUAUUCCAUCCCGUAUUGUUACUGUUUAUAAUGCAACUUGUGAAGCACAAGAAAAAGAAAAUAUUAAUUUACAUUGGAAUACAGGGCAACGACCUAUUGUGGUAGUGAACAAGAAAGUAACUCGACCUUGGUAUUUGUGGAAUGAAUGUUGGAUGCGUCGAGAUGAUAUACCAGCACAGAAUUCUGGUUGGCAAGUAGUAGACUCAUCUGCUAUCGAUUAUAAUACAAAAAUUCGACUUAUUGGUCCGUGUUCGGUUGCAGCAUUGAAGUCUGGCUCGUUAACUUUGAAAUGGGAUACGCCAAAUAUUUAUAAUGUACUAAACGCUAAUAGAAGCCAUUGGCUUGUUUAUCCGGAUGGAAAUAAAAAGUUAAUAAGUACUGGUCAAAUACAACCACAUCAUGAUGUUCAUAUUGAUAUGGAAAUUUCUCAAACUUUGAAACUUGGUGAUGAUCUCCAUAUAAUUCUCAAAGCAAACAAUCUGUCCAAUGAACCUCGUACAUUAGUUGUCGCUUUGAAAUUGAUAAAACUUAGUUCUACUCUUGAAAUAAAACCAAACUCGGACAAACAACAUCAGGAUCUACAUGUUGCUCAAAGCACAAAUCCAGCAGGCAUUAACACAAGUCUACAAACUCCAGUUCAAUCUAGUGUUCAAGAUUUUCAGCUAAAUGUUUUUGACAACGAUGUUAUCGAAUACGGCCAACCAGCAAAACUUCAGAUUAAAAUAAACAAUUCUUUUCCUUGCCCGUUGAAGAAUGUCAAGGUUACAUUAGAUGGCUUUGGUAUAUCACGAUCUAUUCCGAUGAAGGAACCCCUAUUAUCGAAAAAUACAACGGUGGUUCUUGCUGAAAUCAUGCCACUACGCGUUGGUUUAAGUCGAUUGUAUGCAACUUUGACCGGCGAUUAUUUACGGUUAGCUCCUAAAUCUGUUCUUCUCGAAGUAACUCCUUCCCUGCAGCUGAAUGAGGCGGCUCAAAAAGCAAACCCAAUGGUAGAAUCAGUCGAUAAAGAUGGAAUUCAUCAAAAUAUUACAACAGCAAACGUAUUACCAUCUGACCCCAUCAUAGAAACUAGAACUCCGAUGGUAGCUAAAAAUUUACAGACAUCAGCAACUACAGAGCAGAAAUCAUCUAUACCUACGCAAUCACUUUCGUUAACUAAUCAAAAGAUUCAACCAACUACGCUUACUGACCAGAAAAUUCAAAAAACUAUGCCCACUGAUCAAAAGAUCGAAUUACAUAAGCCUGCUGACAAAAAUCUCCAAUCACCGACGGCUGUUGACCAAAAGAUUCAACUAUCGACUACUGCUGGCCAACACAAUGAAUCACCUAAGCGCAACGAUGAAACUAGUCAAUCAUUUGUAUCAUCUGACACCGAUAAAGAUUUGAAAGCCUCCCCGAAUACUUCAGUGAUAUCUGUUACUCCGGUGGGAUCACCAGUUGAAUCUAUCCCAUCAAAUGCUACAGGUGAUGAUUUUCAGCAAGCAAAACAGAUGGAACCAACAAAAAAUCAAUCAAUUGAAACAAAAACCCAAAGCAUAACAAAACCUAAACAAAUUGAUGAAUUCAAUAAACAAGAUACUCGUAACGCAGUGUUAUUGAUACCAGAAGGCAUAGCAUCGGUAUCCAAAGUAACAAUGCCACUUCAUGAUCAGGUGGAAAAUGUUGAUCGUGAUAAAUGUGUGGUAGUACCAUUAAAGGCAGCUGACUUAGAAGUUCCGCCAUCUCUUACUACAUCUAAUAAGGAACACAAGUCCGCUGAUGCAGAGCUUUGCUCUGUUGUCGCUCCUGUAAGUCAGAAGAAUGAAACAGUCGAAGACAUUAAACCUGUCUGUAUGAAUCGACUCGAAGAAAAUAUUUUAUCCAAACAAACUCCUGUGAUAGAUGAGAACCAACUGAGAACUGAGAACCGUAGUUUAUCAAGUUCUCUUGUAUUUGAACCAAAAUUAACAGAUCAAGAACGAUUAGCAAAGAAUGAGGUUGAAGAAAAAUUGCAUGAUAAUAAAACCACAGAUACUAACAUAACUCCAGUAACAAAUGAAGUAAGUUCAGAACCAGCUAUCAACGAUCUGAAUGCAACAUUAGGUGACAAUAAAACCUUAUCUACAACUCCAUCCGAACUAAACAAUGAAGCCCAAUCGACAACUUUAAUUGCUGAGCAAGACAAGGAAGAUAAUGGCAUAAUACCUAUGUCACCUGCUCCCAGUGAUAACAAAGGUAAUGAAGAAAUUCCAUCAAUAGAUUUGCCAAUUCAAUCAAAUUUUGAUGCAACAAAUGAGACGAACGAUAAACAAAAUAAUAUUCAGAAAAACUCUUCGAACGCUGGCAUCCUAAUCCCAGUAGAAAGUUCACCUAUCUCUGAAUAUAACAACAAACAAGAUAUGAAGCAGAAGAAGUCAUAUAUUUUUGACACUGCAGUUCUACCAGUAAUGGGUAUCAUGGAGACUCCAAAGUCCAAACACAAACAAGAAACUACACUCGUAGAAGCCAGUUCGAUCAGUUUUACGAAUGAACGAAUUUUACAAAAUAAGAUACCUGAAAUCACGCAACAAAAUGAGCACAUACAACAGGUGGGAGCAUAUUCAUCGCUACCUUUGGUAGAAACCAAUGGCACAGAACAAUCUGAAAUUCUAUCCGACUCAAACCAACUAAAUUUAUCCUCCAUCGACAAUAAUAAUGACAGAAAGAAAUCCGCACAAGAUCCAGAGCUUUUGGAGAAAGAUGACGAUUCACAUGGCAAGAACCAAGAUUCAUUGUAUACUACGAUUGGCACAGACACAAAUCAGACGGAUUCAGAUGAAUUGAGUAAGGACCCAUAUACAGACGAACCGGAAAUAGCUUUAUCAGAUGAUUCAGCAGUAAAAGAUGCAACACUCGAAGCAGACAGAAUGGAGACCGAGUCAGAAAGCGCAGAAUUGUUGGCUCGAAUGAAAAUUUUCUCUUCUAGCCUACCACAGGAGCAACCUCAAGAGUCAUUAAUAUUGAAUGAGACAAAGCGAGAAUUAACAGAUCAACACCAGCAACCUUUAUCGAUAAAUACAAGCCAAAUUAACAUCGAGCAGGAACCAAACACUAAAGCAGGAGACAAAGUAGAAGAUUUUCCUCUCGUCACCAUCUCAUCAGUUGGAAGUGAAAUUUCAACAAACAAAGAGACACCAAUUACUGAAGGAGCGCAGCAAGUAGACACUGAAAAGUUGAACACAGUGGAUUCCUCAGAUACUGAUCAGCAGAACAUCUUACAUGCGACAAAUAUGAGUACGUCACAGAGCGUGCAAGAAUUGCAGGCGUCUAAAAUCCCAUAUGAUGAAAAUACAAGAGUUCCCGUUGGCAGCAUUAAAGAUCUGAUUACGAUCAAGAAAAGAAUUGCUAUUAAACCGACAACACCAGCAACAUUAGAUGGAAGCAUAUCAAAUACUUCACAAAAUGAAUCAACUGACGUUUCAACAGAACCCGAAAAUCUCCAAACUCUUCCAGUAUUAGUUACCGAUAGCGCCAGUGAUUCAGUGAAGAAAACGCGUAAAAUAGAGGAAACUAGCCCCACAGAAAUUACGCAACGACAGAAUAACCAAUUGUCUGAUGACAAUAAAGACAAUAUUCGAAAUUCCCACCCGGCUUCUACAACAAAACAAAGUCAAUUGGAUGCAGAUGAAAUUUCACCUGUCGAUACAAUAAUUGGAGUCAACGAGGUGCCGUUGCGGAUUGAUUCCACAAAGAAACAAAACAUUUUGGGCAGCCAAGUACCGGAAUCUACAUUUUUAACUGAAGGAGGUGUUAAAUCGCCCGAGACAGUACUAACAGCAAACCAAGAAAAAAACACACAACUGCCUGCAAUCAGUUCGUUGAAUAAUAAUGAGGUAGAGAAUGUUGAAGAUUACCAAAGAGAAAAUCCCUCCAACAUCAACAGUACGGCUGAUCAGCGAAAACAAGUCUCAGUUAAUACACUUAAAACACAAAUUCCACCAGAAACCAUUAUUAUCAGGUCGACCACAAAAGAAACAUUGUCACUACCGAAAAAGUCAUUUAUGAACCAAACAAUUGCAGAAAUUACACAAGUUCUUCAAACUAAAACGCCGGAACGAACAGAAGAAACAUCACCCUCAACCGAUAACAUGAUAAAAAAGACUGCCACUGAGCCAACCGCGCCUGUCCAACAUAGUACAUUUGGCUCACAACAACCUACGCUAACUUCUUCACAAAGCACGCCAGAUGAAAGCGGAGACCAAUCUACGUUAGAUUCGAAAAAGAACGAUCCAGUUCAACAAGAGGAGAAGCUUUCAUCUCCGACUGGAGCAAACUCAGUUGUUGUACCAGCGCCCACCAUAGAAACGCCAAAGAAAGAAAGUGGAUUUCAGUUGCCGCUGUUAAUUUCAAUAGAUAAUAAAAUGGAUAAAAUCACAGAAGCUUUAGGUAUCGAUUCACAGAUGAAAGAUGGUUUGACAGAACCCACUCAUGCCACGCAGAUGACUAUAACUGGAGGAACAACAGAAACUGUAGCUGCUGACAAAACCCCACAGACCGGAAGUGAAUUUCAAAUGCCUAUGAUACUUUCUAUUGAUAAUACGAUCGAAAAAAUAAAGGAAAUUGAGAUAAAACCAGACGAAACAGUCGUCACAACUGCUGUAACGCCAAGUACGGAUACCGAUGCUGUUGACAAACCACCAACGAAAAACGGAGUAGUGGUACCUUCUAAAAAAUCAUUUAUGGAUAGAACAGUAGCAGAAAUUAAAGAAAUUCUUCAGAUUGAAACAUCGGAAGCUAAAGAUAAAUCUGACAAAGAGCAAGAACCGUCCUCGUCCGAUAUAACGAUGGUAAAUGCCGCGCCUGAUUCAGCAGCGACCGCACAAUCUAGUACACAUGCACCAGUGUCACCCAGUUUAACGUCUUCAUAUCUCACACCCGAAGAGAACAAAGUCAUUUCUGCGACGGAUUCGACAAAGAAUGAACUAGUGAAUGAAGAGGAGAAUCGUUUGUCUCCCAGUGAUGAAAACAUAGAUAUUGCACCUGUACCCAUUAGUGAUCAAACGAAGAAACAAGGUGUAUUUCAACUACCCGUUUUACUUUCUUUUGAUAAUACCAUGGAGAAAAUCAAGGAUACACUAGGCAUCGAUUCAAAAAAGAAGGAAGAAGCUACAAAAUUAACCGAAAUUGUCACACCGACCACAUUAGCAGGCACAAUUGAAGUCGCUGCAGCUGAAAAAACACCACAGAAAGAAGAUGGAUUUCAUAUGCCUGCGAUACUUUUGCUGGAUAAUACGAUGAACAAAAUCAAGGAUACAUUUGGCAUCGAUUCAAAGAAGAAGGAAGAUGCGACAGAACCUAAUGAUAGCGUGGCAACAGCUGCGGAGGCAGCAACAGUCGAUGAGAAAGCUUCUAACAACACACUACAAAAUGAAAAAGGAAGAAAAUCUCGUAAGAAAUCUUUCAUUGAGAGAACAGUUGACGAAAUCAAAGAAGUCCUUCGCAUCGAAACAGUAGAAGAAAAAGAAAAAUCUGACACAGGACAAGAAUCAUCCUCAGUCGAUAGAACGAUAGAGAAAUCUGUUCCUGGAUUUCAUGCUAUCGGAAUUAGUUAUCCACAGAGCACAAGUGAAAAAAGCAAGGAAUCAUCUGCUGGGGUUGCGAGAAAGGACAGUACUGCAAAUCAAAGCAAUUUGGAUUCCACUGCUGCAACAAAAGGCAUUGUUGAUACGGAAGCAAGUAAUAAUGCACCGAAGAAACAAACUGGUAUUCAACCGUUCAUAAUGCAUUCAUUUGAUAGUCGAGUUGUGGGGUCCAAAGGAGUUGUCAUUACGGACCCGACAGAAAAUAAAGAAUUCAGCGAAAAACAGAUACCUUCCUCGUUGAAUAAAAUUAUUCUGACUGCUGGACCGGCCUCGAUUGUGGUGAAAUCGCAUAUUGACGUAGAAUCUACGCGGACGAAAGUUUUUACGUUCGAUGAGGCCAGUGGCUCUAAUAGUGAUGAACAUGAGUUAGACUCUACGCAAAAGUCAGGCAUGAUUAAACGACAAGGAUUAGAAUCGCCAAAUGUUCAAAAGGGAUUAUGGAAGUCGGCUACUUCGACCCCGACACCUACGAAAACAGGUGAAAAGUUGUUCAGAAUACCUUCCAUGGAAAGCAUUGUGUCCGAAGUCAAAGAAGUCCUUAGUGGCGAUGCAGAAAAGAAAGACCCAGCUCGCAAAGAAGAUGAACUAUCAACAUCAACUGGAAGAAAAGAAGCAGCCGAGAAAAGGCAGACUUCAUCAGUGCCUAACAAUGUUAAUAAGGACGUAAGAGGCUUACAUACGCUAACUCGCUCAUCUGACAGCUCGACCAAAGAUGAUAAGAAUUCAGAGUCACGUCAAGGCAACAAAUCUUCAACAGAGAUGAAAUCUCCAAAAUCUCCAGCAAUACAUCCACAGACCGAUGACAAGAAUUCAACAACAGAAGCAAGAACUUUGAUCACAGAUUGA